AUGAACGACCAGAAAGUUAAUAUGACUAUCAUCAUAAACACUACGGCACAACGCCGGGAGGAACAAGACCUAAGCCCUGCUCAAGAGCAAGCCACCUCACAAGCUCAAGCUCCGGCCCAGGCCCAGGCCCAGACUCAGCCCCCGCAGACAUCGACGGAAGCUCCUUUGCAACCAGGUGAAGACAGUCGAGAAAAUCAGCCGCUGCUAUCAGCCCCGCCCUUGCGAAUCCAAUCUCGCGAAGAAACAGUCAAGUCUCGCAAGGAUGUAACCAAGGCCAAGUUGCGUGACGAGGCUGACAAGCUCGUUGAGAAAGCAAACAAGCUCGUUGAGGAAGCAAACCAACUACGCGAACAAGCAGUUAAUACCAACGAAAAGGCGGCCAAGGCCAAUUUACGCGAAGAAGCAGACAAGCUGCACAACAAAGCAGACGAUCUACGGGAAGGAGCAGCAAAGAUACUUGAAGAAGCAAUGAAAGUCCCUAGCUAG